AUGUCAAAUAACCAAGAUAAUUUAGAGGAAAAGUUACAAAAUACUUCAAUUGGUGGUAACUCCAAGCCUGCCCAAGGAUCCUUCAAUCCUAAUGCGGCUUCUACCUUUGUUCCAGGACAAAGUUACGGUGGCUAUAAUCAAUAUCAACCUAAUCAAUAUCAACCAAAUCAUUAUCAACAAGGAUAUCAACCAGAUUCAUACCAACAAGGUGGUUAUCAACAAUCAUAUGGAAGUUAUAACCAAUACCAACAAGGUGGUUACCAACAACCAGGUGCUUAUCAAUAUCAACAAGGUGGUUACCAAAGUUAUAACCCACAACCUGCUCAAACAGGUAUGUCAUUAGCAGAUUUUCAAAAGCAACAACAAGAAAAACUUAAUUCACAACCAGCCAAACCUAAAAAGACCUUAAAAUUGGCCGGUAGCAGUACUAUCAAAUUAGCCAAUGCUUCUAAACCAGUCAAAAAAGAUGAACCAAAAGCUGAACCAAAAGCUGAACCAAAAGUUGAACCAAAAGUUGAAACCCCAGAACCUAAGGCCGAAACUGAAGCUGAAACUAAACCAGAACCAAAAGCUGAAGUUACAAAACAAGAAUCCAAACCGGAACCAAAGAAAGAAGAAAAGAAAGCUCCUAAAGAAUCUACUCCAGCUCCAGUUGAAGACAUUGUUGAUGAAGAAGUUGUCAGAGAUUUGUUUGGAGGUAAAGAUCAUGUAUCUAUUAUGUUUAUGGGACAUGUUGAUGCUGGUAAAUCUACUAUGGGUGGUAAUAUAUUAUUUUUAACUGAUGCAGUCGAUAAAAGAACUGUUGAAAAAUAUCAAAAGGAAGCUAUCGAUGCUGGAAGACAAGGUUGGUACUUAUCAUGGAUUAUGGAUACCAAUAAAGAAGAAAGAAGUGAUGGUAAAACUAUCGAAGUUGGUAAAGCUUAUUUUGAAACUGAAAAGAGAAGAUAUACUAUUUUAGAUGCUCCAGGACAUAAAAUGUAUGUUUCAGAAAUGAUUGGUGGUGCUUCACAAGCUGAUGUUGGUAUUUUAGUCAUCUCUGCCAGAAAAGGUGAAUAUGAAACUGGUUUCGAAAGAGGUGGUCAAACAAGAGAACAUGCUUUAUUAGCUAAAACUCAAGGUGUCAACAAAAUUGUUGUUGCUGUUAAUAAAAUGGAUGACCCAACUGUUAAUUGGUCAGAACAAAGAUAUAAAGAAUGUACUACCAAAUUAGGUAUGUACUUGAAAGGUAUUGGUUACAAUAAAGAUGAUAUUGUUUAUAUGCCAGUUUCAGGUUAUACUGGAGCAGGUUUGAAAGAUAGAAUCAAAUCGAGUGAAUGUUCAUGGUACAAAGGACCUUCUUUAUUAGAAUGGUUAGAUAACAUGAAAACUGUUGACAGAAAAAUUAACGGACCUUUCAUGUUACCAAUUUCUGGUAAAUUAAAAGAUAUGGGUUUGGUUAUUGAAGGUAAAAUCGAAUCUGGUCAUGUUAAGAGAAAUCAACAAUUAUUGAUGAUGCCAAAUAAAGCUAAAAUCGAAGUCACAACUGUUUAUAAUGAAACUGAAGAAGAAUGUGAACAAGCUUUCAGUGGUGAACAAGUAAGAUUGAAAAUCAAAGGUGUUGAAGAAGAAGAUGUUCAACCAGGUUAUGUUUUAACUUCUCCAGAUAAGCCAGUUAAAACUAUCAGUAAGUUUGAAGCUCAAGUUGCUAUUGUUGAAUUAAAAUCUAUUUUAUCAAAUGGUUUCUCUUGUGUUAUGCACGUUCAUAAUGCCAUUGAAGAAAUAAAAUUCGUUGAAUUAAAACAUAAAUUAGAAAAAGGUACCAACAGAAAAUCAAAGAAACCUCCAGCAUUUGCUAAAAAGGGUAUGAAAGUCAUUGCUGUUUUGGAAGUUGCUGCUCCUGUUUGUGCUGAAAGAUAUGCCGAUUAUCCUCAAUUAGGUAGAUUCACUUUAAGAGAUCAAGGUGUUACUAUCGCUAUUGGUAAAAUCACCAAAAUCUUAGAAUAG